AUGAUCGAUCAUUUUACCAAAUAUGUUGUCGCAGCGCCUCUACCUGACUGCACCGCCGUAACAGUUGCACAGGCUGUCAUGGCGGAGUGCAUCCUCAAGUACGGCGCCAUGAGGCAGCUAAUUUCAGACAAUGCAUCCUACUUUAAGGGAGAGAAUCAGGUAGACCUAACUCGUCGUCAUUUGGCAAUGGACGAUCUCUCCCCACAGCAACAGUUGGAAGCAUUGGUUGCUCACGCGCUGGCCAGGGAUGAAAACCCCGAUGCUUUGCAACAGCCCCGAGAAGAAAUGCCAGACACCAGCUCCUCCGUCACGCAAAAUGUCUACCUUGACUAUCCGGAAGAGGCGCUCCUCGCCUCCGACGUUGAGUCUAUGAACCUCUCACCUGCGUCAUCCCUCACCUUGACCGCGUCUCCGCCUCCGGGACCUUCCACAGACACCCAGAACCUGAUCCUCGUCCCUGUUCCCUCUGCAGAGGAAUCAAAGUGGACCACAGUAAGAGACAAGCCGCCAGCCAGUACCUCAUCCGGAUCCCCCCCCCCCCGGCGGCGCGCAUCCUCCCCUCUGUUUGCUGAAGAGAUGCUUCACGAAGAACCCCUCGCCGUGCCUUCCUCAUCUCCAUACCACGACCACCCUGGUGGCAUCCCCGCCCAGCCGAUUCAGGAUGACAUCGUCGGUCUCCGUGAGCGCCUGUUCAACAUCUACAUGCAGGGCCAUCUUGAAGAUACGAUCGCGUUCCGUGACCGAACCCUUCGCAUGAUCGAAGACCUCCAGGACGGCACUUAUGACGACUUCCGCGAGAUCGACUCACCAGUACAACCCGAUCAGCUACGCUGUAUGCUUGCUCCAAAGACCUGGCGAGGACGUUGUCCAGUAUUGUAUCAAGUUGUCUCUACCGGCUGGCACAAUGGAGUAAUCCUAGAGGCUAAAAACUUCUUUAUGCCAGGACCUGACCGACGUGAGCUCCACUGCAUUAUCCUCGAAUACAAAGCUAUCAAGGAUUUUGUAUGGGUGUAUGCCGUCAAACCAACGAGACAAGCGUUUACGCACCCGGAGGGAGCCUUGGAGAGAGCCCGUAUCCCACGCACCACCGCACUCGACAACAACUUGGUCUACUACUUCAGAGUGUCGCAUUAUGCUUUUGUCACUCCUCGAGAACGGGAAGAUCGCGUUUACGACCUCGUACUUUCGGUUAAGAGGCGACGUACGGGAAUUAACUCCUUUAAAGCUGUCUUACGGAGCUCCGGACGGCAUAGUCGUCCCCAAUGGGAUCUGCCGCUUCGACAUGCAGACCGUGAAGGAGGAUGA